UUCAACACUCCGAGAUUUCAUUGAUUAGUUGUCUUUAUUCAGUAUUUCCAAGACCUUCAAAUGUUAACUAAAUCGACGUUUAUCAAGAAGUUAAAAGAUGUUUCAUGUGUUUAGUUUGUUUUUUGUUCUUUUAGGAUGUCUUAUGUUGGCUGUUGGGCAGUCUACACAAUCUGCAAAUAGAAGUCUAGAUGAUGUAGAAGAACUUGUUAAACCACUACGUGUCCAAGUUGAUGUACGUGACGAUAAUAUCAGCCGACUAUAUAGGGCGGAUUAUAUUUAUGCUGCAACACAACUACAGAUUAUCUGGUAUCAGGAUGGACGUCUUAAAAAAGAAGAAUCAAAAGCAAAAAGAUUGGAAUUAACCAAUGGUACAACAAAUUUCAUUACGAACUCAUCACAGAUUAAAUUAGAAUUCGUAACAGGGACUUUUAUCAGUACUCUGAUAUUCCGUCAAGAUCUGGAACCAGGAAUAGUUCAUGAAAUAGGUGAAUUUACAUUGGAGCUGAUGCCAUCACGAGCUUUGAAAUAUAACUAUGGAAGCGCAGCUCCGGGAAAGAUUAGACUUCCGUUGGAAGAUCCAGAGGGGUUUGAACGAGAAAUCAUCUGGUCAAUCUACACAGCGUACUACUUCAUUAAUCCACCUACUAUCCGAGAAUAUUAUCAAUGGCGAAUGAAACGCUCCAAAAAUCCACCCCUGCGAUUCAUAGAUUCUCAAAUAGUGGGGAAUUUUACAGAACAGUUGUAUAUUUUGUCCUCCCAUAAUCAGGACCUGGAAGGUCUUGUUACAUGGUCAGUUACCCUUAGCAACAUCAAUUCUACGUCACCACUAGAUUAUAGGCUGUUUCAAAAAACUAUUCCCGUGUAUGAAGCGCCCUAUGACCAACCAUUUCCAGAAACAUUGUUAGGGUUCAUUAAGAAGGAACAUACAUUGUUAACAGAAUGCCCUGGACAUUCCGAUUGUGAAAUAAUCUGCGAGGUGGUUGGUUUUGAACCUAUCGACGUUUUUCUGUACAAAGUGGACAAUGGUACAAAGGAGCCAACAAACUUUAUACAAACAAAACGACGCCAGCGUCAUCAUUUGCGACAGCAUUUUUACAUUGAAAACAUGACGAAAUCUCUAGAAGGAAAAUAUAUUUGUCAAGCUUUGAACAGUGCAGGGUUUACCAGAGAACUGGCAUUUCAGUUGUUCGCUAAACAGAAAGUGACUAUAAUACACAGUGAAUCAAGUUUUGUUCAGAUAAUGAACACAGAGAAGAAUGGGUUUAUGAUUCGAUGUUCAGCUUCAGGUCAUCCAAAACCAACCCUGUCGUUCAGAGAGAAUAAUUUAAGGAGCAGAAUGAUCAAGAAUAACACCGAAUAUGAGAUUAUCCAGAGAGAAUCUGAAAAUGGGAUCCAACAUAUUGUGUUGACUAUACAUGAUCUACGAUACGAUGUUUUUGCAUACGUCUGCGUGGCCAAAAAUCGAUUUGAUUCAGACUCGAUAUAUUUUUAUCCUUAAAAUUUUGACAUAAAGCAACCGGCGUUAUGUUGGAAGCAGUGCAUAUAUUUGUAUAUUUUUGGUCUGACGAAAAUAAAUCCGAAAUAUCAGAUUCGAAUAUUUUCAGGGAUAUGGGGAUCGUUUGAAACAAAAUAAAGUUAUUAUUAAGUUAAUUUUGAAUCCUUAAAUAAAAUCCCAAAAAUCUCCAUAACAUGCAAUUCAUUCGCAAUGUAGUUACUCGUUUCUUGGCACAUAAAACUUGAAUGAAACCGCAUCAGUUGCGUAGUAUAUAUUUCGCUGCCCGUUAUCACAUGGUAUCUAAUCCUAUGGCAAUUAUUGAUAAGUCAAGAAUAUAUUAAUCUUUGUUUCCUUUAUGCAAUUUCUUCUUAUUCUUAAAAUCAGCAUGAAUUUAUUUGCAAGUUGUUGUAGGAUUACCUUUGGACUUGAUAACAUCUACAGAUUUUGUAAUUGUUUUAAAUAUAUCGAAUUAAUAAUAGUAAUUAUACAUAAAACACUAUACAGUAUCCAAUGGACCUAAGUAUAUCUUAUAAUAAUAAGUAAAAAAGAAAAAGUAAAUUAUGUAAAUAUAUAUAUAAAUAAGAAAUACAAAAUGAAAUCAAAGAUUUGCGCUAAUAAUAAACAGUUGGGUUGUUGAAAGAUCUGUAACAGAGCGCUUCUAUAGGCAUAUGGCAAGGUCCUAAACUUUGGGAAACUUUUCCUCCUGAUUGUUUAAGUUUUAUAGGCACAUAUUGCAUAAUUAGCUAACAACAUUAAUUGUUACAAGCUGCAGAUGCACGUUAACUAGUAACCGCGCUCACUCCACGAAUUGUGUUAAAUUAAGUGUGUCCUUUAUAAUGGCCAAAUAUUUGUAUUAUUUAGAAUGUACUUCACUAAGCUAUCUCGCUGAAUAUCAUGUUUUAGUUUUCUCGUUAGUUUGAAUAAAGUGUCCAACGAAUGAUAUUUUUAAGGAAACGGGAACCGGAUAACAGAUGAUGGAAUUAGAUUAGUAUUGUACUAAUUAACCCCACACUUGUUGUUUAAACUGUCACAAGCUGCAGCUUGUUUAGCUUAUGUCUAUUUCUGACAUGUAAUACCCCUUUAUUUUAUUAAUUCAAAUAGGCGGGGAUCACAAAAAACAGCGAGAACGAAUCCAAACUGCAUGGAUAACAAGACAUAUACCACUAAAUAACUUACAUCAUAACAUAACUCUAAUCAAAUCUACGGAUCCAACAAAUCCACAUCAUAUUAACAAGAGAAAUUUGAAUAAAAAGGCGAAAGCGCUGUUGAAAACACAGUUCUAGAAAAUGUAA